AAUUUUUUUAAAUGCAGUGUGUAACCUCUUUUGUUUUAAUAACGUAUGUAACCUCGUUUUCUAAUAAAGGACUGAAAGUGAUGGGAAACUUCUAGGAGUAGACAAAACGGAACAUUUACUCAUACAUGAUAUGUGCUAAAUGAGGGUUCCUCCUAAUGUGGCUAUGCGACUCUGUAGCCUGGCCGGGUACCUAUAAAAUGCCACCGGUGAGAGUUUAGAUGUCAGCAUAGACUUCCUCAUCACAACCUCAGCCGAAAAUAAGAGUUGGUAGUAAUUGCAUUGACAACAUAUUAAUGCCUGCGGCUCUGGCAGUCUCGAAAACGGGUCGGAAUUCUCACGGCAGUGAAGCAUGGAGGAUGUGCCAUCAACCCCGUUGCACCUGGCCGGUUCAGGCCCGCGUCAAGGUCAAUCUUCACCGCCACAACCGCCUCCCCGAGGUGUACAAGAUCACCCAUCAGAGCGUGGCAAUGUACAAUUUGUGAUGGAGCCCGAAGAACUUGACCCAUAUGAGGAUAUACCAUCUCCCCUCCAACUACCGGGUGCGCCAGUAGAUAGCCGUCAGCAUGAGGCGUAUCGCCCCCUUCACCCUAGAUAUUCUGUACCCGGUCCCCGGUAUCAAGAUCCCGAGAUAACAACACCUUCGUGGGAGCGGAGACCCUACCGGCGCUCUACCACAGACUCGUCUGAGUCAAAUCGCAGCCAGCUCGGGGGUGGCCCAGGCCGGGUCCGGUUCACCGAACCGGAGCGCCGCCCAAAGCCCCCAUAUAGGGGUCCUACCGAGGAUGACUGGCUGCCUUCUAGCUUAGAAGGUAUGAGCGAUAGACGCUAUAGGUCUAUACCGACCUCGUAUCGGAGCCGAUCCCGCUCAAGAUCGAGGCCGGUGCAUCGUCCGCAAAUCAUUCGGGGCCCAUAUGGCGGUGACCUCGACGACGACGUCGAUGGCUACAGCGAGGACGGCUUCGACGAGCUAAUAGGAGGAAGAGUGUUCCAAUUUGUCCCUUCGAGAAAUUCAGGAGCACUUUCCAACAAAGGUUAUAGUGUCGAUACCGAUGCUUCUUCCGAGAAGCCCGAUGAUGGAAUAUCAAAUGCGAACGAUGGCCAAAGCAUCUCCCGUGCUGGUAAAAUCCUUCACGUCUUCGAGUCUCGGUAUACUGGAGACGCAGUCCCAGAUGGAAUUCACACUACGGAGUUAACCGUGGUUCACGACCCUAAAAAGCAAAGGCAACCCCUUUUCAGGUGGAUGCACCUGGAACAGCCGAUGAUGAACCUGGAGGAGCUCUCGGCCGAGGUCUCGCAAAUCCCAGCUAUCACCGACUCCGAAAGGAAUGGCUUCGCACGGCUCCUCUCAGGUGUGAAAAAAAGCUGUGUCAAGUCCCGACCGACUUCUAAAGGGAGCAGCGCACGCCAUAUGGAUCCACGCCAAAUUUGCAUGAUGAUCCCGCCUGACGGGCGGUCCAAAAAUCAAGCUCCGAACUCAUUUACGUGGCUGUGCAUUCCAUACUUCUCUCUAGAGAAGUACUCAGGGCUCCUCUCCGCAAGCACGGCUUCCUCCUUUCCGAUCGAGACCCUACUGCAAUCGGAAUAUUCUCGCACAACGCGAGAGCGCGAGAUGCAGCAAGUAGUAUGUCAGAAUGGGGAAGCGCCCUCGGGCACAUGCUUCCAUAUUGCACAGCUAUGGUGUAUCGUGCUGAACAAUUCCUUACUCAUCACAUGCGGUCGAAUGUCAGCUUCAACAUUACGGAGCGAUCUCGUGCGUGUCGUCACGGUACCUCCCAAGGAGCCACAGGGAAGAUGGAAAACGAUAUACGUGAAAUAUUCCGAUGCCGUCCUGUGGGCAUUUCCUCUAGAGGCUUGUUCAACCUGGUUUGAUUUCAUCAUGCAUUUCCGUGAGUUUUGGCCGCGUCCAGUAAAGAUAUACCACCGUGAUCACAUCCUUGUUGCAAGCGAUUGGCCACGUAUCGCCAACCUGGUGAAAACUGUGAACAGUAAGGUUACGCUUGAGCUACGGUUAUGCCCCUAUCCACGUCCGCCAGCUGCUGGUAUAUUGCGGUCGCUUGAGCGAGACGCAGAGGUACCAGAAAACCAAAAGCCUAACGACAACGAACCUAGGACCCGGGACCCGGGACCCGGCUUCGUCCUCGACGACAGCUUUCACGUCUUCUCGUGGCUCGAAAUGGCCCAAGCUGAAUCCAAUAAUAGGAAAUUAGACACUGAAGCUCUAGUAGCACAUCUACGAGAAGCGGAGGAAUUUUUACUGAGCUCAAUACCGAAGAGAGAUAGGAACGCGUACCGCACUUGCGACCCCUCUUCUCAGAGACUUGUCUACAUGUGUUUGAGGGAGGAAGAACCGAGUUUUGAUGACAUGGAAGAAGAGACACGAGAAAAGAGCGAGUAUGAGGGCAAGGUCGAGAUAUACAAUGCAGCCGACAUCAUCCACUCUUUCUUCCUGCCACGAUCAUCGAGUAAACAUAUCCCGACUGUAGGGAAGUUCUGGGGCGCGAUUCGGGGUUUAGUAGAGGUAUCGAAUUCGGAUGCCGAUUAUGCGGACGACAUCCGCUCUCAGCGGUCGAGGCUGUCUCGCCGAGUUAUUACUAUGCGCCGUGAUGUUUUUCUCCUUGGACAACACCUCAGAUAUAUUGCGAGAGAAACGCAGUAUUUUCAGGACAUCAUGUUGCAUGCAUCAGAUGCAAUCCGAAGUCGGGCUGAGAUUCCUGACAGCCUCGUACGCGCAUGGCUCCACCUAGUCAUGGGUCUUGUCCAGGCGUCGCUCGCCGACGAGGCCUGGACCGAGAACCUAAACAUCGCAGGAGCUCUAAUACGAAGAGGAAUGGAUGAUAUAAUGAACGGGCUGUCUUCAGAGAAUUUAUUGUAUAGCUCGGUUGUUCAACCAAUGGAUCUCGUAUCCCUAGUUAGUUUCAGCUUGCUUCGAGACUCUACAGAGAGAUAUUCGAGCAUUAACGACACAUACUCUGACUAUCUAAAAGGCUUAGAGAACGAGAUUACGGCGAACAACUCGGACCGUUCGCACCAGUUCCGCCUCGCGCUUUUUAAACAAGAAGUCGUAGUCAUCCAGCGGGUAGUCUCAGCGCAGCUGGCUAUGGUCGAGGGGAUGAGUCUCCCGUCGAGAUCCGGUUACCGCUAUCAGACCUGGUGGGAUAAGGAAAUUCUAGAGAGGGAGAUGGGAAAACCGAAAGUCGACGCUACGGUGACGCGGUCCUACGAAAGGCAAGGCGCUGUAUACGUGGACGGGCGUAAUGCGCACGAGAGCCAUAACCUUCAGUACCGCAGGAGCGCCAGCGAGAAUAAGGUCAUUAGCUAUGCUGCCAACCACAACGUGGCUCCGCUCUGGAAUGUGGAAUCGUUCUCUAGGUUAUCCUCGACGGACCGCGGCGGCUUUCGCGAGCUCCUGAGCCGCGAAUGUAGGGCCUUGUUGGAGCGUCGGGAUUUCGAAUUCAAUGAACUCCAACGCAAGGCCUCGGGGCUCGAGGAAAUGAACGCCAACAUGAUCGAAUUCAGGAAAGAUCGGCAAGAGGCGGCCGUGUACGCCUUCACGAUGGUGACCAUCAUAUUUUUGCCACUCAGCACGAUUAGCUCCAUCUUCGGGAUGAACUCGAGCGAUCUGCGCGACAUGGAGCUGGGCCAGUGGGCGUACUGGGCGGUUGCUCUGCCCACGACCGUCGCCGUGAUCGUCACGGGUCUGUGGUGGAUGGGGGAGCUACACAACAUCGUGAGCUGGGUGGGUAGGCUGCUGCUAUACCGCCAGCCGAGGAAUUUUACGGGCGGUGGUUAUUAUGCGGAAGCGGGUGGGAGUGCGAACGAAAGAGCAGCGCCGCGCCGCGCCCGCCAUCUAUAGAGAGUGGCGACAGCACCGUCUACCUCCGAGACGACAUAAAUCUAAGGGCAGACCUUAGGCCGCCGCGGAUAAUACAUUGCAUGUCUCGACGAACUCGCUCAUCCCCCCGCCCUCACUUGGCCUCUCUUUUUUUGUCGGAUCAGACUCUGUACAUCCUGGACCACCUCCCUAACCUGGAUGAGAGAUCCCAAUCUGCGACAUGC